UUAAUUUUAUCUUCGGCUAUGAAAUUUACUUUAACACAAUUCAUUAACCAAAAUGUCUGAACGAUACAGUUUUUCCCUGACAACAUUCAGCCCUUCAGGUAAACUUGUCCAAAUUGAAUAUGCUCUGGCAGCAGUUGCAGCUGGUGCACCUUCUGUUGGGAUUAAAGCAUCCAAUGGUGUAGUUUUGGCCACUGAGAAAAAACAAAAAUCUAUCUUGUAUGAAGAACAUAGCAUUCAUAAGGUUGAAUGCUUGACUAAGAAUAUUGGAAUGGUAUACAGUGGAAUGGGUCCUGACUAUAGAGUAUUGGUGCGCCGUGCUCGCAAACUUGCUCAACAGUACUAUCUUGUGUACCAAGAACAGAUUCCUACAGCUCAGCUAGUCCAAAGAGUUGCUAAUGUUAUGCAAGAAUUCACACAGUCUGGAGGUGUUCGUCCAUUUGGUGUUUCUCUUCUGGUAGCUGGCUGGGAUGAAGAUGAGCAGAAGCCAUAUUUAUAUCAAUGUGAUCCAUCAGGUGCAUAUUUUGCAUGGAAGGCUACAGCAAUGGGUAAAAAUUAUGUGAAUGGGAAGACUUUUCUUGAAAAAAGGUAUAAUGAAAAUUUGGAACUUGAAGAUGCUGUGCACACAGCUAUUUUAACAUUGAAGGAAAGCUUUGAGGGGCAGAUGACAGAAAGCAACAUAGAAAUUGGAAUCUGUAAUGCUCAAGGUUUCCGGCGCCUUGAACCAUCUGAAGUCAAAGACUAUCUUGCUUCAGUAUCCUAAUUUGUUACUCUUCUUCGCUGUUCUUCAUCCUACUUUAUUCUGUAUCUAAUGAUCAAAACAUCUCAGUGGGCCAACUGUCAAUAGUGAAACUUAAUAUCAGCUUUUAUGGUGUUUAUUGAAAUAAACUCUACACUUAUCACA